GUGAACAGCGAAGGGAUGGAGUCACAGUAAUUAGAGAGAGAUGCAGAAGGUUGCAGGAGGUCACAAAGGCAAGCUGACGUGGAUGUGGGAGGAUACAACCACAAAUGCAACACACAUACAUACUCACGCUCAGACAAAGAGGAGGACACCCCUGAAGGCCGAGACUCACACAGACGCGCUCACAUCGGCUCUCCUUGUUGGGGGGACAUCCUGCCAAAGUUGGUGCGGCGGCCAAGAUGAGGAUUCACUGCCGGACUCACAGGAUGCACUAACAAUAGGAGACACACAAAGGACUACACAGACUCUGUCACUGGGAUAGCAGGGUCUUUUAUUCAUCGUGUGACCCUGGGAAAUUACUUACAAACCUAUAAAGAGGAACAAGACCAGGAAUUUAAGUAUUUUUGCUAUGGUGAAUGGACUGCCAGAGGCAACAAGUGGGUAAAGCUGAGAGAGACUGUAACCGGUAACAUGGUUUCUUUUAUUUUUACAUAGACAGAUUUCAGUCUUUUUUAACUCACAAAAAAACAACAACUCAUUUGCUGAGGCUUGAAGACGUACUGUAAUGCGAGCGAGCACUGAUGGCUGAGAUUCCGACUCCAUUACUAGAUCGUGUUUUGAAGGACUGUGGUUUCUGUUUGUCUCAGUGUGCAUUAUAGAACAACUGACUUGGGACAAAGUGUGCCACAUUGUGUGUUUCUGGGGUGUCACAGGGACGGAUCAGAUGGAGGAAAAAGAAGAGAAGACGUGAAAACAAUUGGGAAUGAGAGGAUGUUGCUACUUGGACUCUUCUUCCCAAGAGUACAUAUCAACAUUGACAUUGAUACUGUCUUGCUUUAGCACAUUUUGGAAACUCGUUCUUCCUCAUCUGGUUAAGAAUGAUUUGAGUUAGGAGACAUCAUGCCACCUAAAAAAGGUGACACAAAAUCAGCUGCCAAGAAAGGCAAGUCAGAGGAGCCAAAGAAGGGAGGAAAGGAUGACAAAAAGGGAGGGAAAGAUGACAAGAAAGGGGGAAAGAAAGCAGAGGAGCCACCAGCUAAGGGGAAAGGGAAGGAUGAUGGGAAGAAGGGAAAAGGAAAGAAACCUGUUAGUGAGUCAGAGGAGGGGUCUGAAGAAGAAGAAGAGGAAGUGAUGAGUGAGGAGCAAGAGGAUGAUGAGAGCGAGGAAGAGGUAGUUACUAAGAAGGUGGCCAAAGGGAAAGGGAAGGCAGCUCUGAAAGGUGCAUCAAAAGCCAUGGCUGUGAAAGGUUUUAAACCUUCUCCUAAACGCUCACCUCCAUCUGAUGAUGAUGAUGAUGAGGAGGAGGGAACUAAGGGAAAGCAACAGGUGAAAAAAGGGAUGGGUGCAGUAAACCUGAAAAAGAUGAGUGACGUCCACAUCAAAGGAGCCUCUAAAGCCAUGAUGGGCUUUGCUGCAGAGGGGCAGAAGAAAAACACGGGUGCAGGAAAAGCACAAAAGACAGCAGAUCUGUCUCAACUCAAAGGAGCCUCCAAAGCCCUUUCUGGCCUCACAGGAAAGUCCUCUCCUUUUUCCUUACCCUCUAAACAACAGCCACAGAAAGCAAAACCAAAGAGAAACCUUAAAAGCACCUCCCGCCUCUUCCUACGACUCUCCAAGAAAAAGAAGCCCUCUGCUGGUGGUAAACCACUUCUAGGCGCCAGCAAGCUAUUUUCUGGGUUUGGGGGUAAAUCACCUUCUGCUGACAAAAAGCCAGGUCUGUCUGGCUUCAGCUUGUUUAAUAAAAAAGAAGCUGCAAAAGAAACCCCGCCACCUAAAAAGACAAUAAAUCUAUCCGGUUUAGGGGGCCAAGGGAAAAUGGCAACAGAGGCAAAGGGACUGGGAGGGAAGUUCAAAGGCAUGUUUGGGAAAAAGAAAACAGCAUCAAGCUUCAAGGAGAAAGGCUGGAUGGUGGGAAGGAUAGCUGCAGCAACUAACUGGUUGACAGGGAGGUUUCUGACUGCUAAGGGCCAAGGUCGGCUGGGGACACGAGCAGGAGGACGGGACCGAAAGCAUUUGUCAUUUGCUAACAGGAACACUAGAGGGAGACAGACACAUUAUUACAAUGAAGCCUAUGAGUAUGAUGAUGAUGAGUAUGGAUAUGAGGAAGAUUACCAUGACAGGCUGAGGCCUAGAGGCUACCCGAGACAACCCAUGGCCUAUGACCCAUAUGACCCUUAUGGAGAAGAAAUGGAAUACUAUGACGAUGAUGAGUGGGAAGAUGAAUAUGGUUAUUAUGAUGAUGAGGGCAAUUUUUAUUAUGAUGAUGAGUUUUACUAUGAUGAUGACGUGGAUUACUACAGUUACCCAUAUGGCUAUUAUGAUGAUGAGUAUGAAGAGUACUAUGGUGAUGAAGGGAUGGAGUAUUACUAUGGUGAAGAUGGAAUGCUGUAUGCAAUGGAACCAGAGCCAUAUGGUUACUAUGAUAACUAUGGUAAUGCCAUGCAUAGUUUUUAUGACCCAUAUGACCCUGAGCUGUACGGAGAUUACUUUGACCAGAAUAUGGGUUACAACAAUGUAAUGUCAGCACCUUAUGGCAUAAUGAGUGGUGGUUAUGAUGUUGUUUCAGACUUAUAUAAUGACCCAAUGCUGGGAUAUACAGACCCUGCUGCCAUUUAUAACCCCUAUCAGCAACCUUUCUAUAUGGAUGCUGGACUGGAUCCAGCUGAGACAGGACAGGUAUAUGGACAGGAGCAGCUGUCUUACCUUCCUGUUGAGCAAUUUUCAGCAGAGCAGUUCAGGGUCCCCAGGCCCCAGGUUAGGCUAUUUGGAAAAGACAGACUAGAGGUGGAAAACCUGCCACCUCCUCAUCCUCAAUUCUCCUCCCCAAUGUUUCCCUCUCCCUCCCCAGCUCUUGCCCUCAACAAUCUGGAAAUGAUGUCAGAUAUUCAAUAUGAGCAACCCCUUCCCACAUACCUUCCUGCACAACCCCAUUACCCUACUGUCAUGAACCAACAACAGACCCCCAUUCUUUCUAGAAGAGCGCCCUCACCAACAGCAAUGAUCAUUCAACAGGAUCACUUCUCUUUGCCUCAGCCUACUCACCCUCCUUUCUCUGUUUCUCCCAGUCACUUGUCCCAAUCUCCACAAACAUUUCAUAUGGCUCCGCAAAUGUACCAACCAUCCCUCCCCCAAGACCCACAAAUGUUUCAGAUGGGACAAAUGUCACCAAUGGUCCCACCAAUACAGCCACAGAUGCCUCCACUGAUGCCUCCGCUGAUGUAUUCACCGAUGCAUUCACCAAUGCAUUCGCCAAUGGCCUCACCUAGGCCAGUGCGGCGAAUGAGUCCCCUUCCAUCCCCACAGUUGUCAAUGAGACCGGGAUUGGCUAGGUCAAUGGCACCUCCUUCACCCCGCCUCUCACCACAUCACAUGGACUUCCAAACAGGCAUCCAGCCGGACCCGUACCUUUCCCCUCGUUUACAUAGGAGAACUCACCAGGCCUCAAUAACAGGCCAAAGGCCAACUUCCACAUUUGACAGGCGAAGACCACCAAGCCCACCUGCUUCUCUACCACCACAAAGGAGAGGGAUGUCAGUGAGAUCUCAGCCACCCCUGACAAGAGGAAGGAGGGGUAUUGGGUUGCGCAGGGCUCCAUCAACUGUCCGACCACAGUCCCCAUAUUCUAGCCCCCUAGCUUCACCCCGGGGAUCACUGAGGAAGAGAGCAAGCCCACCACCUUCCCCAAGACUAUCUUUCAGGCAGCAACCCCCUCCAGAUGCAGUGCCUCUGCCAUCCACCAGACCGAAUAUGUUCAGAGGUAGAAAGCAAACUUCCAAGAUGAGGCGUUCUCCCUCUCCUCCCCUUCCAUCACCACAAAGACGGAGUCCCCCUUUACCUGAGAGAAUUCAGUCCCCCCCCCAAACAUUCCGCCCCACUUCCCCCCAUCGUCCUCCCUCCCCUUCCCCAUCACGUAUCAGCAGUCGCCCACUCCCCACUAGAUCCUCUACUCGCAGGCUCAGAGGUGGUGCUGGAGGUCGAAGUCACGUGCCCAUGGGGGCCGUGAAACCUUCCCCAGCUAACCCCUACUUACAAAGACGCAGUAGACAUGGACCCCCUGUCACUCAGCAUGUAGCCCCAUUCAGGUCUUCUAUCCAUAGCGGCCCAGCCCCUCCCUCAGGACAGAUAGGGGGCAUAACUGGAACACCCAUGUUAGCCAGGACAGGAUCCAGACCUACAGGGUUAAGGGAGUCAAAGAGAAUUGGUACCGGCCAAGGAGGCUUCCACAGACCUGUAGGUAGGGGCCAGCCAUUAGUCCGUAUGCCCAGAAACCAGCCCUCUCUUCAGUCUAGGCAGUCAUUCAGAGCACCUCCCCCAAUGCCACCUCUCUCUCCACAGCCUUCUUUGAAACAGAGUGGUCCCCUUUCUCCCCAGCCAUCAGUGCGUAGACUACAGAGUAGACCUGCAUCUCCACAGCCACUGCAUCGUCCAUCUCCUCUGCCCUCCCGUUCAGCUUCCCCUAUGCACCAUAUGUCUCACCCACCAUCCCCCUUUCCCCAUAGGGCUAUGAGUCCCCAGAUUCUAGGGUCAACAACUUUUCAACCUCCAAUGCCUCACCCCAGUCUUCCUCCUGGUACUUUCCCACCAUCUCAUAAUAUCACCCAGUAUGACUACUCAAUGAUGGAUCCAGGCCCAUCCCCAAUGCUUACCAAUGCGUUACCAAACCCUCAGGUUUUAGGUGCUCCCUUUCCUCCCUCUCCUUUUCCCUCUUCCACCACUGCUUACUCUUCUCCUUUACAGAGACCAUCCUCCCCCCAAACACAGUAUGGUGUCUACUCUCAAAAUCUCCCUCAACCUCCACCCUCAUCACCUCAUCAGGGACGCAUGCUCCAGAACCCUUAUCUGCAGAAUGCCAGUAUCACCACACCUUUACAGAGAAGCCCUUCCCCCAUACCUGGUGGGCAAGGGGAGAUAUUAGCUGAUGUACAGGUGAGCCAGGUGGGGAGCCCAUUUGCCAGUCUUGGUUUAUCCAAUGCUUUGAUGCAGAACUCCCACCUGCGCAGUGCAUCUUACUCAUCUCCUCUACAACGCAAUGCCAACCUAUAUACAAAUGUGCUCUCACCCCCUCAGGUAGCAGCCCCUCCAACCCCUUCUGUAGCCUCCUCCCCAUACUUGUCUUCUGCUAUGCUUAACUCCCAGCUACGUAAUGCUUCCUUUGCUUCACCCCUUCAGCAACACUUCUCCCCCAUGUCUCCUGUCUCUUCUGCCCCUCCUUCCACUGCACCUCAACAAGGGACAACCAGAGGGACCUCCUCACUUUUUUCUGGUGGACUGCGGACAUCCCAAAUCCAGGGGUCCAUGUUAAGGCUCCCAGGUGGUACUUUGACAAUGUCCCGGGGGCCUGUUGGGCCUCCAGUUACUAGUGAUGGUGAAACUGGUGGAAGUCUGUCACCCACUAUGCUCUCCAAUGCCCUGCAGAACCCAAGCCUACGUCAGGCUACCUAUCGACUACCCGAUGGUUCAUUGGUCACCAGAACUGAACCUGCUGAACCUUCCUCAAAUCCAUCACCCCUCUCAUCCUCUAUGCUGUCCUCUGCCUUGCUCAAUCCAAGCCUACGUAAGGCCACAUAUCGACUACCUGAUGGCUCAUUGGUCACCAGAACUGAACCUGCUGAACCUUCCUCAAAUCCAUCACCCCUCUCAUCCUCUAUGCUGUCGUCUGCCUUGCUCAAUCCAAGUUUGCGACAGGCCACAUAUCGUUUGCCUGAUGGAACUCUUGUAACUAGGACAGAGCCUGCACCUGCACCUUCCUCUUCCUCAUCAAUGCUUUCCUCUGCACUGUUGAACCCCAAUGUACGUAAAGCCACAUACAGGCUGCCAGAUGGAACUUUGGUUACAAGAAAUGAGCCAGAACCUGAGCCCCCUUCCUCUUCUAUGCUCUCCUCUGCUCUUCUCAAUCGCAAUGUUCGUGGGGCUUCUUAUCGAUUACCAGAUGGUUCGAUUCUAACACGUCCGGGAGAUGAGACGCAGAAUGCUGAGAGUAUAGUAUCAUCACCAGGGCUAUCUAGUGCCCUGAUGAAUGCUAACUUGCGUAAGGCAAAGUUUCAGCUACCAGAUGGAUCAUCAUUCUUUUCACAAAACCAAACUCAAGCUCCCACCUCUCCUCACCUUUCUGGUGCAAUGCUGAACACCAGCCUCCGUGGUGCCUCCUACAGACUCCCAAACACAUCACUAUUUAGGCAGCCUGGUUCUGCUGAUACCUCUGAGUCACGAUCCCUUGACCUUUCCAAUGCUCUCCGCAACCAGAACCUCCGAUCUGCCACCUAUCGUUUGCCAGACGGAACUCUGAUGACCCACUCUCAACCCGCUUCUGCACCCCAAACACUUGACCUGUCUAAUGCACUAUCAAAAAACCCAAACCUUCGUGGGGCAAAGUACCGUCUCCCCGAUGGUAAUAUCAUGACACGGCUUGGUGCCCCUCGCACCCCGGAACCUCGUUCACUUAACCUUUCUGGUGCCCUACAGAACCCUCACCUCCGGGGGGCCUCUUUACGCCUGCCCUCGUAUGCUGUAGUGUCACCCCAGGUUCAGGGUUCGGGCCCUGACCAGCACUGGGCACAGGGCCCUGGAAUUGAAGGUUUGAGACUGCAAGAUGUGGAUGUGUGGGGUGCAGAGAGGUUACUCCCUCACGGGACAGUGCAGAAUCUCAAUAAGUGGUCCAUGUAUAGAGAUGGGGAGUUGCUGGACCCCCACAGCAUGAUGGGACAGGGACACAUGGGUCAGGAACCAGGGGAGUGGAAUCUCAGCAGGGAGGGGGAACCACAAGGGCAAUGGUUUGACAAGAUGUACUCAAUCAGAAGCCUAUCCAGUGUGGCUCUCCGGGAGCAACGAGAGGAAGAUGGAGUGGAAGAUAUGACACAACUAGAAGAGAUGCACGAAGGGGCUGUUCUUCUGAACUUGAGGAAAAGAUUUGAGCGGGAGCUUAUUUAUACAUACAUAGGUAGUAUUCUGGUGUCUGUAAACCCCUAUAAGAUGUACAACAUCUAUGGGACGGAUAUGGUGCUGCUGUACAAGGGUUGUGCUCUGGGAGAGAACCCUCCGCAUUUGUUUGCCAUAGCAAAUGCUGCUUAUUCAAAAAUGAUGGAUGCCAAACACAACCAGGUCAUAAUAAUCAGUGGGGAGAGCGGAUCUGGGAAAACAGAGGCCACCAAACUAGUCCUUCGCUACCUUGCAGCAAUACAUCACAAAUGCAAUCUUGCGCAACAGAUACUCGAGGCAGCUCCUCUACUGGAAUCUUUUGGAAAUGCCAAAACUGUACGGAACGAUAAUUCCAGUCGCUUCGGGAAAUACAUAGAGGUCUUUCUAGAGGAUGGUGUGAUCAAUGGUGCCAUAACCUCUCAGUAUCUACUGGAAAAGUCUCGUAUUGUCUUCCAGGCCAAAGAUGAGAGGAACUAUCAUAUCUUCUACGAGAUGCUGGCGGGUCUUCCCUCACAGCAGAAGCAGGCUUUCUAUCUACAAGAGGCUGAGACCUACUAUUACCUCAACCAGGGAGGGGAUUGUGGGAUAACAGGAAAGAAUGAUGCAGAGGACUUCCUGCGUCUGCUUGCUGCCAUGGAGAUCCUUCACUUCACCCCUGAAGACCAGUCGGUCAUCUUUAGAGUUCUUUCUUCCAUACUGCACCUGGGCAACGUCUACUUUCAGAGAUAUGAGGCUGAUGGCCAGGAGGUGGCGUCAGUGGUGAGUGCUCAGGAGAUCAGAGUGGUGGCGGAGCUGCUGCAGAUCUCUCCAGAGGGACUACAGAAAGCCAUCACCUUUAAAGUCACAGAGACAAUGAGGGACAAGAUCUACACCCCAUUGUCUGUGGAAAGUGCUGUUGAUGCCAGAGAUGCUGUUGCCAAGAUCCUGUACUCGCUCCUCUUCCACUGGUUAACAGAGAGGAUCAAUGCUCAGGUGUACCCCCGCCAACACACCCUCUCCAUCUCUAUCCUGGACAUUUAUGGAUUUGAGGAUCUGGCCUUCAACAGCUUCGAGCAGCUUUGCAUUAAUUAUGCAAACGAGUACCUGCAGUUCUUCUUCAACAAGAUCGUAUUCAGAGAGGAACAGGAAGAGUACACCCGGGAACAGAUCCCCUGGCAGGACAUCCCAUUCAGUGACAACCAGCCCUGCAUUGAUGUCAUUGCUGCUAAACCUCAUGGGAUACUCAGGAUUCUGGAUGACCAGAGCUGUUUCCCACAGGCAACAGACCACACUUUCCUCCAAAAGUGUCACUAUCACCAUGGCCACAAUCCGCUGUAUCUGAAGCCAAAGAUGCCCCUCCCAGAGUUCACCAUCAAGCACUUUGCCGGCCGGGUCACCUACCAGGUUUACAAGUUUCUCGAUAAGAACUACGACCAGGUCCGUCAGGAUGUUCUGGACCUGUUCAUUCAGAGUAAGAACAAGAUGGUCUCAAACCUCUUCCUGGUUCACGCAGAGGUCAUAGGUCAGCAGAGAGGAGGUCACAUGAGGAAGAGCAGCACAGUCACCAGAAAAUACCAAGCUCCCACUGUCAGCAACAAGUUCCAACAGUCCCUGCUAGAGCUAGUGGAGAAGAUGGAGAGGUGCAACCCUUUUUUUGUUCGCUGUAUUAAGCCAAAUAAUAUGAAGCAACCAGGUGUGUUUGAGGACGAGCUGGUCAGCAGCCAGCUGAGACACUCAGGCAUCCUAGAGACCAUUAGGAUCCGUAGGGAGGGGUAUCCUGUCAGAAUGCCAUUCUACAUCUUCCUGUUCAGGUAUAAGUCCCUGGUGGGGAUACGAGAGCCUCCAGCGGCCAAUGGAGAGAACUGUGUGAUAAUGCUCAGUAAACUGUGUCCCCUCAGACCAGGAGCCUACCAUGUUGGAGUCACAAAGCUAUUUCUGAAGGAGGACAUCUACCAGUUGUUGGAGUGUAAACGGGAACGCACUCGACAACUUGCUGCUCUCACCCUGCAGCGUUACACCCGCAUGUUCUUCGUCAGGAAACGCUUCGUGGCCUUCCGCAAGAAGAUCAUCGGGCUGCAGGCACAGUGCAGAGGCUUCCUCACAAGGAAGCGCUAUGUGAAAAUGAGGGAGAGUCUGGUUCGGUUUCGAUCUCUUGUCCACAUGUACGUCAACCGCAAGAGAUACAUCAAGAUGAAGUUUGAAGCCCACAGGAAAGUUGAAGAGGAGAGGAGGAGGAGAGAGAUGGAGCUGACCAAGAGGGAGGUGGUGAAUGUCACACACUUGGUGAUCCCUGCAGAGCUGGGAGCUUUACUGCAGACAGCAGGAGUCAGGAGGGAGUUGCACUCCGACUGUUUGGCUCUGCUUCAAGCUCCUCAUAUCCAGGAAGAGGGUCAGCUCACUCUGCCUCUGGACAUCAACAAUUACCCGUUCUACCGCUACGUACAGAUCUACUUCAGGGAACCAAAGUUUGGGAUGUUGAUGGCACCUCUGGAGGCACCUCUGACCCGUAUAGAAGAUGACCUUAAAGGAGAAGCUCUGGAGCUCUUCAUCAUGGUGUUACGAUUCAUGGGCGACCCUCACCUGAACGGGGCGCAGGAGAACAUGUUUGGGAAUUACAUCAUCCAGAGGGGCCUGUUAUCUCCAGGGUUACGGGAUGAGAUCCUGGCUCAGGUUGUCAACCAGGUGUGGAGGAACGCGAACUAUGACAAUGCAGAGAGAGGCUGGCUGCUGCUGCUGGCGUGUGUCUGCAGCUUCGCUCCGUCGCCCAAGAUGGACAAAUAUCUACUGAAGUUUGUAUCGGACCACAGCCCUGCUGGUUGCCAAGCAUUGCUGCAACACAGACUCAUCCAAGCCAAUCAGAAGACGCAGCUAGGCUCAGGCUCCGCCCCCGAGACAGCGCGUACCUAUCCUCUGUCGCUGCUGGAAUGGACAGCCAAUAGGAAGAAGGCCAACAUGGUGUUGCACGUGCACUGCGUUGAUGGAGGAUCGUUUCUGUGUCCGGUCCAUUCCUGGACCAGUGGAGAGGAUUUAGCAGGGGACAUACUGCGCCACAGGGGAGUGUCCGACUGGUGGAGGGGGAGUUCAGUCCUGAUGAAGGAGCACGGCCAGUGGGUGGAGUUAGCGGGUCACGACUAUGUGAUGGACCUGAUUGCAGACCUUGAGCUUCCGAAUGAAUUCCCAAAGCAGAAGAGCUACUUCAUCAUCAGCACUGAUGACCCUGCACGAGUCCGAGCUAAUGCCAGCCUUGCUUUGUUUGGCAGUGGCUUUGACUCAGAUGAAGAGCUUCCUCCUGCCUUUCCUCUAAACAGCAGCAGCAGACCAGCCUACAGUCUGCCUGACUCUGACGGUUACUACAGCCACGAGUCGGAUGCGUUCAGUGAUGGUCACACUCAGAGAGGAAUGGAUCGCUACCUGGACAGUCUGUUUGACCCUGUGCUGUCAGACAGCAGCAUUGACAUGGAAAAGACUGGAAGUUUGUCAGCGAGGAUGAAGGGAGGAGGAGGUAUAGGCAUCACAGGAGGAGGAGGAGAGGGGGACAUUCAUUCGGCCCCCAGCCGGCCUUAUCCACCAGGAAUACAUCCCGGAGCUGUGCCAGUGCUUCCAGUAGCAGGAGGAAUGAUGCCACCCAUCCCUGCUAUGCCAAUCCCCUCCCACCACCAUCACCACGAACAACACCAACAACAACAACAACAACAGCAGCAGCAACCUCAACAACAACAGCAGCAACAUUACCACCAAUACAACCGUCCCCCACAACCUUACCACCAGACUUUUUCUACCACUGCUCCUGCCACACGUGUGGCACCCACUCCGUCACCCACUCGUGCACCUGCUGUGGCCCCCGCAGCUGAUGCCAAUGUAGCUUCCCAUGUCACUGGUGUCCCUGGUUUGCCGGGGGUUCCCUCACUCCCUACCACUUCUGUUGUUCCAGGCUUGCCUGUGAUGGCAGGUGUGCCAGGAUCGGAGCAGGCAGUACUCACUCAACAGCAACAGGCCAUCAUCAACCAGCAAGCUAUCAUUCUGGCCCAGCAGAUGACUAUGCAGGCCAUUGCAAUCCAGCAGCAGAUGUUGUCUUCCUUCCCCCCUGUUGCCCCCGCCCCCCAGUCACCACCCUCACAGCAGCAUACACCCUUGCCACAACACUCUCACACGCCCAGCUCUACCAAAGAGAGUGAAGAGUCGCCGUACAAGCCUGCUGCUGUUCAGCGAAAAAUGAGUCCGACACGUGGACCCCCUCCUGAGGACGUGGUCCGAUCCAGUGCAAGUAACACAGAGCGUAUGGACCCCAGCCAUGACAUCAAAGACAUUAUCAAACAGCACCAGCCUGCUGGCACAACAACUUCUACUGGACCUGCCGCACAAAAGAAAGGUGAUGGAAAGGUGUUUGCAAAGAAGCCAGACCCGCAUGAUGAAGCUAUGGAGAUCCUUAAAGAUCAGAUGGCAAACCCACCACCACCGAGUGUAAAGAAACCUCAACCCUCCCAACAUCAAGAAGAGAGAGGACUUAAGGUUUCCAAGACCAUCAAGUCUCGCCCUGCAGGGCCAACCAGCUCCAGCAUAAGCCCUGCCCCUCCUCCAGUCGUUAGAGAGUUGCCAGUAGAAGAGGAGAUCAUUCAGACUCAACUCCACAGCAGGACCAGUGAUGAAUAUUAUACCUACUCCAACGUCCCCUGGAAACUCUUCAUGAGGAAAGAGGUGUUCUAUCCUAGAGAGACCUUCAACAAUCCACUGAUUCUGGAUCUGAUCUUCAGACAGGUUAUGCAGGAUACCUUCUCUGAGGCCUGCAUCCGCAUCACUCAGGAGGAGAGACAGAAGAUGAAAGCUUUGUUUGCUGAAAACAAGGUGGACCAGGUUUCAGGAACGCAUGAUGAGAACGUGAAGAAGAAAGUGGUCGCCAUGGCGAGAGAUUCUUGGGACAUUUACUUCUCCCGCCUCUUCCCAGCGUCUGGCAGUGUGGGGACAGGAGUGCAGGUGCUGUCUGUGUCUCAUAAAGGCAUCAAGCUCCUGAAGAUGGUGAGGAGCAGCUCUGCUGCCCCGGACUACUUCAGAGUCCUGCGGCCUUACAGCUACUCGGACAUCCUGUUUGUGUCGAUUCCGUCUAAGAACAUGCUGGAGUUCAACCUGACCAACGAGAAACUGAUCCUGUUCUCAGCCAAGGCCCCGCAGGUCAAACACAUGAUUGACUACUUCCUCACAGAGAUUAAGAAGGACUCAGAGUAUGUGGUGGCGGUAAGGAAUUACAUUACUGAGGACAGGAGUCUGCUCAGCUUCCACAAAGGAGACAUCAUCAGACUGCAACACAUGGACGGGCUGGAGGCCGGCAAACAUUAUGGCUGCAUAGUGAGGAAGAAGGUCAUGCUUCUGGAGGAGCUAAAGAGAGACACUCCUGAGUUUGGCUGGCGGUUUGGGGCUGUGUAUGGAAAAUCAGGAGUGUUUCCCAGUGACUACGUCCGUCCUGUGGCUGCCCCGGACUUCCUGGUUCUCCCUGCUGAGCGCGUGGAGCCUCGAGACAGACAGGGACGAGUGGCUGCAUCUGCUGCUAUCGCCGUGGCGAUGGGUUCAGCUAUAGCUGCCCAUGAGCUUGACCUCUCCACAGAGGUAGUAAAUGAGAUGUAUGGAGACAGUGUGAGCGUCGAGCUGGACGAUCUGCCUCUGCACAGCGGCCAGUACCACAUGGCUGAGUUUGCCAAGAAGUACUUUAGAGAGGCACAGAGGAACAAAAGUGAUCAGAAAGCCAAAAAGGGGAAGGAGGGCAGGGACCCUGUCGACAUGGUAAAAUUCUCUAAGUCUCCAAUCCAGGAGUCUCUGAUCGACUUCUCCGACAGUGGGAUGAACAGAGUGGCUGCUGAUAUCUUCUUAGCUAUAAUGAAGUUCAUGGGAGACUUCCCGAUGAAAGGUCUGACUGAGCAGGACCUGGUCACUACUAUACUGAAGUUAAGCAGCGAGCAUGGUCUGAUAAAGGAUGAAGCCUACUGCCAGGUGAUGAAGCAAGUUACUGCCAACACCAGCUCCAAACCGGACAGUUGUCAGAGAGGAUGGAGGCUGUUGUACAUCCUGACGGCGUUCCAUCGUUGCUCUGAUGUUAUGAAGCCGUUUCUGUUGAAGUUUCUGCAGGACGCCUGUGCCACCCCCGGGAUGCAGUACCAAGGUAUUGCCAAGGCAUGUGAGCAGAAUCUGAGGAGGACUUUUCAGUAUGGCGGACGCAUACAGUAUCCCAACAGCAUGGAGCUCAAAGCUAUGCUGGCUGGGCGGAGCUCCAAGAGACAGCUGUUCCUGCUGCCAGGUGGGAUCGAAAGGCACUUAAAAAUCAAGACUUGCUCUGUUGCUUUGGAUGUCAUCGAGGAGCUCUGCUAUGAGAUGGGACUACACAGGGCAGAGGCUUUGGAUGAAUAUGCAGUCUUUUUGGUCACCCACAGAGGUCAGAAUGUGCGUCCCCUGAACAAACGCGAGUACAUACUGGACAUCGCUACAGAGGCAGAGCCGGUUGACACCAACUACAGUCUGUGGUUCAGAAGAGUCAUAUGGAGUCUGGCGCUCAAACUUGACAACGAACUCUAUGUCACCAUGCACUAUAAUCAGGUGUUGCCAGACUACCUGAAGGCCUUGCUGAGUGUGGUUCCUCAGGGUAAACCCAGUGAACAGCAUAUGCAGCAGAUUGCCAGACUGGCUGCCCUACAGCACCGUGCCAAGGACACCAUCUACCUGCCCACCCUCCGGGAGGUGCAGGAGUGUGUCCCCCCACCUUUCUACAGCAAACAGGGUUCACAGCCGUGGCUGAAUAUGACAACUCAACACAUGCAACAAGUCCAGCCUUUAAACCCAUACCAGGCCCGCGCACAGUUCCUUGGUCUGGUCAGUGCCUUCCCCAUGUUUGGCUCCUCCUUUUUCUACAUUCAGAGCUGCAGCUCGGCGUCCAUCCAUGCCCCCUGCAUCCUGGCUGUAAAUCUGAAUGGACUGCACUUUCUUAACAAAGAUACUCAUGAGGCCAUGGUGCGUUUCCCUCUGAAGGAGGUCCAGUCAACUCGCACCCAGAGACCAACUUCAGGCUCCAGUUACCCAUAUGUGGAGAUCAUGAUAGGAGACCUGCUCAACCAGCGCAUCACACAGCUACAGCUAGAGCAGGGCCUGGAGCUGUGCCGAGUCAUUGCCAUGCACAUGGAGAACAUGUUGUCAGUCAGAGAAAAGAGACUCACUUUGCCUCCAAGUGAAAUCACCCUGCUAUAGCACAGACAAAUCACACUUUAUGCCUCAUAAAUGUACUGUAUCUACCUCUAAUUUAAAAAAUACAAUAUUUUCAUAUGUAAAGGUAAUGUUUCUGUAAUGCGAGGAAUGUAUGGUUGUAAUGUGGAUGACAUAGUUUGCUAAGCCAGGGGUAUUCAGUUAGGGUUGCAACCAACAAUGAUCUUCCUGAUUAUUAAUCAUGAAAUGUCAGAGAAGAGACAUUGAAAACAAUUUCCCACAGCUAAAGUUGUCACGUUCAAAUGGCUAGUUUUGUCCAACCAACAGUCCAAACCCCAAAUAUAGUCAGGGAUUAUUUCCACACCAUGAACAUAAAUCAGGGAAAGGCAUAUAUAGUUCACUUAUCAUGACACAUGCAUCCAUUAUGUCAGUACAGACCUGUUCCUUGCACACACUUACACUUACACACACACACACACACGCACACAUGCCACUGAGUUUAAUGCAUAUAUGUGUCUAUGAGUAGAAACUGAGAGUCAGAUAUGGAUAAAUGUCCUUUCAGACUGAACUCAUUUUUUUUUUAGCCAAAACUGUUUAUUGUGUCUGCCAUGGCUGCUUUUUAGGGCUGAGACUAUAAUGGAUAAGACCUCUUCCAUUUACUUUAACAACCCCACUUCAGAAGAAUUGUUUUGAUUAGCCUUGAUUUAAAAUUGUGGUUUAUCACUGAACAAGGGUAGGAACCCCUGCUGUAGUUGGCUUUGUACAUAGAAACUGAAAUGUGCGAAACUGAAGAGAAUAACUCACAAACUUAAGUAUAACCUUAUCUUCCCUUUAACAGAUGCUUGUGGUUUGACAUAAGACUUUUUUCCCUUUAGGCUUUGGCCUAUAUAUGCAGGAGCAGCCUUUAAAAUAUUUGUGAACCCAUAAGAUUGUUUUUAUUUUUUAACAAAGUUGCAUUACAAUUUAAAAUGAAAACAAGAGAAGGCAGCCACAAGAACCUCAAAGAAUUCAAAUCAGCAAUUCAAUUAAUUUUCUUAUUUUCUUUCCUGUCAUGAAAUAAAGGGAAAGAUACAACAGGGGAAACAUAUUUUGGGGAAGCACAUUUUAUCAGUUAUCAGCCACAUCAAUUAAUACUUUGCACUAAUUAAAAUGAUUAUUUAUACUAUGUAUAUAUGUUUUAUAUGUAGCUGUUGUACAUAACUAAUGCAUGUGAAUAAUGUUGUAAAUUAAAGUUUGUAGCAUAAUUGA